GAAGGCAUGUUGCUUCUCUCUUCUCCUGGCCAUUUAUGCACACUAUGUAUAAAUCAAAAAUCUAUAAGAAAAUUUUCUAAAGAACUUGUUAAAGUAUUACUACAUGGCUACUGUACCCAACACCUUCUGGGGUCUCCCCCUCACCCCUUUCCCUAUACAACGCCGGCGCAACCACCGGCUGGUACUCCUCCGUUCCAAUGGACCUUCUCAGUUCUCCAUCUCAACAGCACAACCAUUUCGUUCACAAUUUGUUAAUUGCCGGAAACUGAAGCGGUCCGUCGUAUCUUCGGCUUAUAUUACAGGCCCUGCUUUUGAUGCUUUUGUUUCAGAAAGCGACCCUAAAUUUGAAGAAUCGGAUGAUAGUUUAGUCGCGGUUCAGCCAAUUGAAGUUAUCCGUUGGGGCUUUAUAUGGAAACUUGUUUCUCGGCACAAGUUGAAGCUCCUUGCUUCUGUUUUCUCUCUUGUCAUCUGCACCACUUGUUCUCUUUCCCUGCCUUUACUUUCCGGAAGAUUUUUUGAGGUACUUAUUGGAACAAGAACAGAUCCUCUUUUGGAACUGCUCAGCAAAGUGGCACUUCUAUAUACACUGGAGCCUAUUUUUACAAUUAUCUAUGUGGCGAACAUAACUUCCAUUUGGGAGAAGGUUAUGUCCAGCUUAAGGGCUCAAAUUUUUCGGAGAGUACUGAUUCAAAAGAUUGACUUUUUUGACCGUUACAAGGUUGGUGAAUUAACAGCUCUAUUAACAUCUGAUCUGGGUUCUCUCAAAAAUAUUGUCAGUGAGAAUACUUCACGGGAUCGUGGUUUUAGGGCACUAUCAGAGGUGGUGGGAACAUUAUCCUUAUUGUUUGCUCUAUCUCCCCAACUUGCACCAAUUCUGGGCUUGCUCAUCCUCGCAGUGUCUAUUUUAGUUGCUCUGUUCAAGAGGUCAACUGUAAAUGUCUUCCAAGCUCAUGGACUGGUCCAAGCAUCAAUAGCUGAUUCUGUGACUGAAUCAUUUUCUGCCAUUCGCACUGUGAGGUCAUUUAGUGGGGAGAAGCGUCAGAUGUCAGUAUUUGCUCGCCAGGUACUUGAGUUUGAGAGUAGUAGCAUAAAGAUUGGGACCUUCAAAUCCUUCCAUGAGUCAGUGACGAGAGUGGCAAUUUAUAUCUCGUUGAUGGCUUUAUAUUGCCUUGGUGGAAGCAAAGUAAAGGCAGGUGAAUUAUCAGUGGGAAUUAUGGCUUCAUUUAUCGGAUAUACAUUUACAUUAACUUUCGCAGUUCAAGGCCUUGUAAAUACCUUUGGAGACCUUCGUGCAGCUCUUGCAGCAACUGAGAGAAUUAACUCAGUUUUAUCCGAUGCUGAAAUUGAUGAAGCGCUUGCAUGUUCUUUAGAGAAAGACAUGAAGCAGAAGAAGGUCCAUGAUGAGACUUUAGAGUUAUACUUGGUGAAUGAUUCUCAUGAGAAGAAGCAAUCUACCAAAACAAGAUACAUGUCUACACUAAAAUUUGGUAGCAGUGUGCGAAACUUGGCGGAGACCGGUGAUGUCUGUCUUGAAGAUGUGGAUUUCUCGUAUCCAGUGAGGCCUGAUGUGGAAAUCCUUCGUGGCCUUAAUUUAACCCUAAAAUGUGGAACUGUUACAGCUCUGGUGGGACCAAGUGGUGCAGGGAAAAGUACAGUGGUACAGUUAUUGGCACGUUUCUAUGAGCCAACUCGAGGUCGGAUAACUGUUGCGGGAGAAGAUUUGCGAACAUUUGAUAAGAGCGAGUGGGCUCGGGUUGUCUCUCUAGUUAAUCAAGAACCUGUUCUUUUCUCUGUAUCGGUUGGAGAAAAUAUUGCUUAUGCUCUCCCUGAUGAAUAUGUAUCCAAGGAUGACGUGGUAAAGGCAGCCAAGGCUGCCAAUGCGCACGAGUUCAUAAUUUCAAUGCCACAGGGUUAUGACACAUUGGUUGGUGAACGUGGUGGUUUAUUGAGUGGUGGACAGAGGCAGCGAAUUGCUAUUGCAAGGGCUCUACUGAAGAAUGCCCCUAUUUUGAUUCUUGAUGAGGCCACUAGUGCUUUAGACACUAUAAGUGAGCGUCUAGUUCAAGAAGCCCUGGACCAUCUGAUGAAGGGACGAACAACUUUGGUAAUUGCUCACAGAUUGAGCACAGUUCAGAAUGCAGAUCAAAUUGCUUUGUGUUCUGAUGGGAAGAUUGCGGAGUUGGGAACACACUUAGAGUUGUUGGAAAGGAAGGGUCAAUAUGCUUCUCUGGUUGAUACUCAGAGGCUCGCAUUUGAAUAAUCAUGAUACUGUGCACUGAAGGAGCAAUUAUUACGGAUCGGUUGUUGAAAGUCUGGUGGAUGGAUGGAUAUAGCAGGAAGUAUAACAGAGGGACAAGUCCUCCCUUUUUCUUUUGGAACACAGCAAAGUAUACAAAGUUUACAUACUAUAUACAGCUGAUGUAAAAAUUGGUACAAUUGCAGUGUAUUGUAAAUCCCGUAUCAAUGGACAUUCACGUCCAGGUUCCCAUGAAUUCUACACUUUCUGUUUACAAAAUCCAUUAUUGAAUGUUCUUUAACUUAA